AUGAUAAGCAUCAGAGAAGGUCCUUUUGAUUAUGUGAUGAAUCUUCGAUAUGCCUCGGAUCGCAUAUUUGCUCCUUAUACUGUUUACAAGGGCAAAGCGGCAUUCUCGUUGAAUCCUUGUCUUCCAACUUUUACUAAGUUGGAUUCCGGGACUAUUGUAGUUGAUCGACGUGGUUCAAUGAUGAUGACUUUCAUGCAUUCUAUUGGAGAGCGCAAAUAUGACUGGGAGAAGAGACAGAGAUUUGCUCUCUCAGCCACUGAAGUUGGUUCUUUGAUAGCCAUGGGCUCUCAAGAUUCCUCUGAAUUCUUUCAUGACCCUUCAAUGCUAUCAAGUAAUGCUGGCCAAGUAAGGAAGAGCUUAUCAAUUAAGCCUAAUGCAGGCAGUAAUGGAUACUUUGUAUCAUUGACUGUUGUCAACAACCUGUUAAACACCAAAGACUUCUUCAGUGUUCCUAUCACAAAUGCUGAGUUUGCUGUAAUGAAGACAGCUUGCAGUUUUGCAUUGCCACACAUCAUGGGUUGGAACCAGAUAACUAAUCAGCAAUCCAGAGGCACAGUUGACCUUCAACCGAAGGGUGGCUCUCAAGUUUGA